CAUCGAUUGGACAUACCCAGAUACCUGGAACCGUGUAGAAAAAACAAGGAGGGAGCGCAAAGGAAUCAUUUGGUUUAUGCAAACACUUAAGUUGGCAUAUCUGAUAAACCAAUAGAAAAUCACAUUUAAUCAGUGCUGGGAAUCACUUAACGCGACAGAAGCUACUUAGUUUUCGAGCCAUAUCAUACUACAACAAAUACAAUUUGAGUUGGCAAAAUUGACUAUGACGCUACGUCACUGGAAUUGGAUAGCCUGAGGAUUUGCGUCCUUUCGUGAUACCCAUGCUAAAUGUCGGCCUAUAGCAGUUUACUCUCAGGCCAUGCCUAUCGUAAACUCCCCGGUGAAGAGAGGGUCGAUCAUUGCUCGGCUUCUCAUGUAACUUAUGGUGGUCUAAAUCUGCAUGGUGUGAUAGAGCUAACAAACUUUCAAGUAGUAUUUAUUGCUUUACCCAACGAAGCUAGUUCUGCUCGUGCACCAAAACCAUUUCACGGUUCAGAUAAAAAGAGAUACAUCCUAAAGCUGCCAUUGGGAACAAUUCGAAACAUUGAUCAGAAAUCCAACCAGGGAAAUAUUUCACUUCAUAUUGUUUGUAAGGAUAUCCGAGAACUAGUGUUCGCCUUCCCGGACUGUGGGCGAAGUCUUGGGUUCUGUGAAAACCUUAAAGCAAACGCGUUUCCUGCUAUUUCCAAAAAAACACUGUUCGCUUAUUUAUAUGGAGCAAAGUGCAUCGCAAAUAGUGUUUUUGCAAUAGAUGGUUGGGAUGUGUAUAAUCCAGAGGAGGAAUAUCACCGCCAGAACAUUUUUACUAACGGCUGGAGAAUUACAAAAAUUAACAUGGAUUAUAGGUUGUGUGAUACUUACCCAGCUAUUUUAGCUGUUCCAUGGGAAGUAACUGAUGAACUUCUAGUCGCAUGUGCACCCCAUCGCAGCCGCGGUCGGAUACCUGUUUUAAGUUGGUUGCAUCCUGAAAGCAAAGCAAGUCUAACCAGAGCAAGUCAACCUCUUGUUGGUGUCCAGGGCCGCCGCAGCUCCGACGAUAAAGAACUUGUUCGUCAGCUCAGGAUAGCCAAUGCUAAUGCAAAUAACCUUUUGAUAUUUGAUGCUCGUCCACAGGUUAACGCAAUAGCUAAUAUGGGCGUUGGCGGAGGUGUUGAAAGUCCAGCUUAUUAUGAAAACGUUCAAUAUAUGUUCUUGAAUAUACAAAAUAUACAUGCGAUGCGAGCUGCAUUGACAAAAGUUUUCGAGGCCUGUUUUCCAUUACCAGACGAUACACGAUGGUUUAAGCAACUGGCUGACUCUAAAUGGCUUUAUCAUAUUAAACAAAUUAUUUUCGCCGCAACUAGUGUAGCCGAUAAAAUUGAAAAUCAUAAGACAUCUGUGUUAAUACAUUGCUCAGACGGUUGGGACCGGACAACUCAAGUUACAUCUUUAGCAAUGUUGAUGCUAGAUCCGUACUACCGUACAAUACGCGGAUUUGAAGUGUUAGUCGAGAAAGAGUGGUGUUCUUUUGGUCACAAAUUCGCACAGCGCACAGGUGGACCUACCGAUGGUGGGAUUUAUUUGCCUCCCAACUCGUCAAGUUCUGUUAUUAAUGAAACUGGUGGAGGACGGCCAUCAAGUCCUGAGGAGCGUUCCCCAGUAUUUUUACAGUUCAUCGAUUGUGUGUGGCAGACGAUGCAGCAAUUUCCUCAUUCAUUUGAAUUCAACGAACGAUUUCUCAUAACAAUAAUGGAUGAGCUAUAUUCUGCGCGAUUCGGAACAUUUCUUUUCAAUUCAGAAAUGCAAGGACGCGACCAUGGUGUACGUGAAAGGACUAUCUCAUUGUGGGCAUAUAUCAAUGCAGAUAUCCAGUUGUAUCAAAACCCACUUUAUACUCCUGCUGAGAUCAGUGGUCAUCGUGUGAUUUUUCCUCAGCAUGCAUUAGCUCAGCUUCAAUUUUGGACAGCUUACUACAUAAGAUGGCAUCCACUUAUGCGUUUACAAGAGCCCAUAGCACGUCGAGAGAGAGCCUUAAUAUUGAUAAUGAAACGAUUCAGGGAACUUACAGCUGCCACGCAACGUGAAUGUGCUAAAACAACUCCCAAUAAUGUAUCUGAUAACUCAACACACAGUAGGUCCCAUUCAAAUAGUUCAAAGAUCUAAAAAUAUACCCUUCAGCAAAUAGCUGAUAAAUAAUUUCUUAAUUCGCCAACUCCUAAGACGCAAACAACCAAAAUGUGAUAUUAUCUUUAAUCUCUUUUUACAUAAUUUAAAAUUGAUUUUAAUUCUUAAUACAAAACUGCUACUAGAGU